UUCCCGAUUGCCAACUUUUUAAGCGCCAUUUCAGCGGCAUUCGUUCGAAGUAGAAAUUUGUCAGUUUAUAAGUAAUAUUGCAGCAGAAAUGUGUGAAGCUGGCAAUCUAAUUGACUUUGGGCAGGAGCCCGGCAAUGAGGAGCCAUGGUUCGAGGAGUCGAACAGUUUCAAGGGCCCAUACGAUCCCUUCGACUCCAUGGAGAAGGAGGCCUGCGCCAAGGGCAUCGCUUUGAAGGCCCAAAUAACGGAGGUUAUGUCGGUCGCCGAAGCUCAUCCGGAUUUGAGCAGCGAGAGCCCGCCCGUUGGCAUGCGCAAUGAUUCGCCAAACCAAGGAUGCGAAACACCCCUCCAGCGCUGCACCAGCAGCUCGUUCCAAAAGCAGCUGCUAAAGCUGAAUGCCUCGCGAUCGGCGGCCAACCUGCCCAAAUCCAAGAUCUGCCAGAGCGACACACCGUUCGAGAGGACGAUCCUCAACGAAAACCAACAGAUGCUGUCGGCUGAGUCGCCGCUGAAGCUCGUCGAAGACGACGACCUGGCCUCCAGUUUGAAAUUCGAGCGGGAUCUCCAAAUGCUGCGUAUUUCCAGUCUGGACGAUCACAAAAUGAACACAGAAACGGAGGAAAUUCUUCAAACGACCGAAGAACCGCCAAAGGAGGGCGAGGUGUCCCAACUCUUGCAACGGCUAAGGGCGCUCGUCCAUCAAGUGGUUGACAAGAGCAGUUGGCAUUUGUUCGAUGCCAUAAUAGAGCCUAUUGCUGCUCUCAUUGGUCCCAGGGUCAAUCUGAAUCCCAUUCCCAGUGCCAACUCCCCAGAGGCCAAACAACCAGAUAAGCCAGCUGCAUUACCCUACACCCGACAGGGCACAUUCGACCUAGAUCUCCAAGAAAAUUGGACAAAGGGUUCUGGCAGUGCUGCAGUGGGCCAGGAGGAAGCGGCAGGGGCAGAAGUAGCGGUGCCGGGCACCAAAGUCCAGGACUUUCCCGAUGCCAUGACCUGCUCCGCGGCCACGUUUGACGGCGAGCCCCGUAUCCCAGAUCCCGCCGAAUCCCUGUCCAGCCUGAACAGAAAGGAGUUCAUGACCGAGCUAGUAGACGAUACCCUUGCCCUGCAGAUCAAUGAGCUGCUGGAAAGGCAUAAGCUCGGGCAAUCAGUAGUCGGAGAUCACGAACAGCAUGGCAUUGAUCCGCGGCCAGUUAUCCUGCUGGUGAAUCCCACCAACUAUGGCAGACAGGCCAAGACCCAGCCCAGUUGCAUUGUGCAGCCCAACCCAGUGCCGCUGGGUGUUUCCAACGAUGCGGACUCUAUGCGUCGUCGAUCCUCGUCCCUGUCCAUUCACGACAAGCCCAAGAUGCGCAAGGGGAUCACAAAAGCUGAAAGCCAGGAGGAAAACCAACAGAAUGUGCCGCCCAGGGAGGUAAAGAACACAGCCGCUUUGGCAUCGUUCCGCCAGAGACGCAACUCAUUCUCCACCACCAUCAGCAAUCCGCCUACAAAAAUCGGCGAGAGCAGGCGCAUCGUUUUGGAUCGAAUGAAAACGCCGCCCAUAAACGAAUCGGCGGUGGUGGAUACCAAGCCCAGUGGAAACACAAAAGCAAUGAUACCCACUAAGCGUGUGGCUCCAUUUGUAAAGCUACCCGCUGCUGCCGCAUCCAACGAGACUACCUAUCAACAGCCACGUCAAUUGGCAGUGCCACGUAAUGCCAUUGUGCCCGAAACGCCCGUCUCCUUGCGCUCCAAGCCGGCCCCAAAUGUCUUUGCCACCAGCACACCCUUGCCGCAGAUGCGUUCGCAGCAACGCCGUUCCUUAAAGCCAGCAUCCUCGACCAUUUUGGCCAAUGCCUCCUACACGACGCCGAGUUUCCGACGUCCGAGCUGCUCCAAGAAACCGGGCACCGGUUAGAGUGCCACUACCUGGUCCCGUGCAGCAAUGUCGCCUGAAAGUGAAUGUCUGAGGUUUUUCACCUUGAAGAUAAACGCAAGCGGUUAUCUCCACCGACAUGUCCAGUUUUUCAAAAUAAGUUAGAUAAGACCACCAUUACCAUGCCCAGUUAAGUUAGUUAAGUCACUCGGAUUGGGUUAGUCCACUCGAGUCGAGUCCUAUGACGCGUUCCAAGUAUGUUUAAGCUGAAACUAAGUUAAUUGUGAUCAAAGUAGUUUAGGCAUUUCAAUUUCAAAUGUAAUCAACACAUCAGAA